UAUGCGUCACUGUGGAAAAAGCAAGCGACUGCACAAGAACUUAAUUAGAUUUGCACCAGGAAAGCAUCCGUACCCCAAAUGUUAAAACCAGGUAAACUCAACAUGCUCCAUACCUCGCUAGAGGUUCUAGCGAAACAAAAUAAACUCAGGCCUCGGACCCAGCAGUCCCAGAGACACGAAGGAAUUCCUAUACUUCGGAAACGAGAACCCUUAAAAGCAGUCAGGACUCCCUUCACGAGUGAGGCAUUUAACCCGUGGCCAGAAGAGGAGGAAAAUCGACCAGAAACACCUUUUGUGAAAACUAGGCUUCAGAGGCAAUUGCUGGGUAGCGGUGGCAGCCGGAGCAAUGUCCCAAGUGAGACGGCGGAUUUGUUCGGGAAUAAUGGCAUGUACAGGAGACAGAUUGGGCUGGAGUCGCCCACCCUGAUAUUGAGGUCCUCGGGGCGAACAAGCAGCCGAGGAAAGAAUAGAUGUGGUACUCCUGUUCCAUUUGGUCAACCGUUAACAAAACUGUGCUGGAAUAAUGCAAUUGAAGACGAAUUUAGUGAUCUCAGCGAUCUGGACGACGCACCACCAGUUCGACAAACCAACACACCCAGACGGUCGACCCCGAGCCGAAAAAGACCGGAUGUGAAUGAUAUUACUCUAUCUGACCUAGAAAUGGACAGUGCUUUCCCGCCAAAAACACCAGAGGUGGUCAAUCUUACUCAAAAGGUCCUACAUCAUUAUUUUCAUAAGAAAAUGAGCAGCACACAACGGAUUUUCAAGUGGUUAGCUGACUGCGAGGAAAAAUCAUCGGGCUCGACAUUACCAGCGCAUUUACCGGAUAUCACAGUUACAUGCAGGCCACACUUACAAUCACCUUUAUUAAACUGAUAUAGAGUGUACCUGUUCUUCUGAAAGAGCAACCAUCGGAAUUAUGCAUCUGAAUUCAAGUUUGAUGAUUAUUGAUUCCAAACCAAAAUGUCAUUAACGUCAUAUUUUCCAGCAUUGUAGAAAGCUUGUCAUCCUUUUGCGUAAGAGUAUGAUUCAGCAAGAAGAGAGAAUGACUGAGGCAUACCUUCUGAGGUUUAAUUCUUGGUCCAUGU